AUGGACCACCACAAGGAACAGGAAGCCGGGCGCCAGCGGAUGAGGAUUCUCUUUCAGCAGAGAGAACUGGAUCGCGGCAGUCUCCGACACAAACGCAUGUUCAAGACCGCCGAGGAAGAGACCAAGCAGGCCAGACGAUUCACCCCCAACGCACAGGCGAGGAGUCAGCGGGAGCUGACGGCAAGCCGUGGUCAACCUCCAGUGUUUGACGAGAACAUCUGGAGUAGUGAGAGACGCAGACCAGCUCCCAACGAAAUCCGUUCAGUCAGCCCUCGGACUCGUGUGGACAAAGAUGGCGGACGUGCUGCGGGCAGCGACGCUGGUGGUGACGGGAAGAAAGGCACCGCCAGUGGCGACCAGGCUAGAACAGCGUCAGGGGCUUCUCACAACGGCGACAAGAAACCAGACAAUUCUGGCUCCACCGACAAAAAGAAGUCCUCUUGA